AUGGCGAUGUCAAUCCUCCCACCCCAUCUCUCCUUCUCCAAAACCCUAACAUCCGAAAGCCCUCUCUUCCUCUCUAAAUUCUCCCACCUCUCCAUCCAACCCAAACCCGUCCCUAGGAAAUCCACCGUAAUCCGAAUGGGCGGCGGCCCACGAACCUACCCAGGCGGGGUGUCGCGGUGGCAGUGGAAGCGGAUGCAGGCCAAGAAAUCCAAGCAGCUCCUCAAGGCACGCCUGAGCCGCGAGAGGCAAAUCUACGAGAUGCGGAAGCGAGCCGAGCUCAAGGCGGCGGUCGCCGAACUGGAGCGCCCAUGGGAGGUUGUCAACAAGGCGCCCACUCUCUUCUCCGUGGGCGCGGACGAGCAGGUGAAGGUUUUGGCCGAUAGGUUUCAGAAGCCCGGUGGGUUCGAUUUGUGGACGGAGAGAGAUGGCCCCCAGUUGUUCAAGACCCCCGACGGCGGCAUCCCUUCCGCUAGAUUUUUCCCUAAAGGGGUUGUUCAUAGCGUGAAGCCCUACGGGAAGGUCGCUGGGCUUGAUGAUGAGGAGUUGGAGAAUGAGGAAUUGGGAGAUUGGCCGGGUACGGCAGGGGAAAAUGGUGUUGAGAGAUAUGGAGGGAUGCAAAGAGGUAGGAGGAGGUUUAAAACCCAGAACUUUUCUGACUUGGAAGAUGACAGCUCGCAGUAUUCUAGUGGAAACUCGGGCUUGAACAAUUACAAGAGUGUUGGUGGGAGGAGAAAUGGCGGUGAAGUGAGGAAUAGAGGGAGUAGGAGGUCUGGGAAUGCUAGUGGUGAAUUGGAUUCGAGUCAAGGUCGGUUUCACAGGAAGUUACCAGGAAGGAAUCUGUCUAACACAAGCAAGGGCAGGACUAGUAGGAUUCAUGACAAUGGUGAAGGCGAGGCUCGAGGUUUCAGGAAUGGCAGGAAUCCUGACUCUGACAUUAAUGAUUCGAGCUUCCAAUCCCAGAUAAAUAAUAGUGGAAGGACUUUGUCAAGCAGAAGUUUGAGCAGGACUAGUAGGAUCCAUAACAGUAGUGAUGGUGAGACUCGAGGUUUCAGGAGUGGCAGAAAUAUGGACUCUGAAACUUAUGAUGCGAAUUUCCAAUCCCAGGUAAAGCAUAGAGGAAGGACUGUAUCAAGGACAAGUACGAGCAGGACUAGAAGCAUUCAGAACAAUAGUGAUGGUGAUACUCGAGGUUUCCAGAAUACCAGGAGUUCGGGCUCUGAGAUUUAUGAUCGGAGUUUCCAAUCCCAGAUAAAGCACAAAGGAAGGACUUUGUCUAGCAGAAGGGACAUCAGGACCAGUAGUAGGAUUCAGCAUGACAAUGGUCGUAGGACCAUGAAUCGAGCUGGGGUGAAUUCAGGGAGUUCAGGCUCUGAUGUUCAUGAUAUGAGUUUGCAAGAGGAUGGAACUUAUGGAUUCUGA